CCCGCAGUACUCUGACCGCUGAUCACCUCGCUCGUCGUCCGUUUCGAAUGUGGUUGCCCGCCAUGGCGUCGUGUUGUUGUGCUUGGAAACUAAGCGUAUUCUUCAUUUCUUUUCUCUUUGGAGGUUCUGAUGCAGUAUUACCAGUUAAUGCAACUUCAGUCAAAGUUGGAUUCAUUUUAGAAGAUCCUAAAGUAGAAAACCAUGAUGCCAGUGAAGUUGUCCUGGACGGUUCCCAUAUUAACAGUAACUUGCACCUUUUGUGCUUCAUAGAGCCACGCCUACCACAAGGCACCGAUUAUGAGAUACACAAGAAUGAUCUAGUUAAAUGGGAAAAGAUCACAUAUACUCACCAAGCUGCAGAUAGUAUAAGAUACUGGUCAAAUGACCGGACUAAGACUGCUAUUUCUUAUAAUACUAGUUUUCACAUGAUCGGUACUUACGGCUGUUAUUAUGGAACACUUAACAAGACAAUAAAUGUGAAAGUUGAAAAUUUGAAUGUAGCACUGAAGCUUCACCCACCUACAAACUUCUCUGAAGUCCAAAAAUAUAUUAUGCACAUGAGAGACUUGACCAGUAUUCCUGGCUGGAGCACUUCCCAACAGCUUCUCCAGGGUAAAGGAGUAGAUGAAUCAUGUGAGGUUACACCAUCGUCUACUGCUAAUCCUAUUGGCAUGUCAGUUCAUCUCUUGCAUGCAUCAGAUGUAACGGUCAUCGGGGCUCUGGGUGACACGUUUACUGCUGGUCUUGGAGCGAAAGCAAGUUCUUGGAAUGGUUACUUUACAGAAUACAGAGGGGCAUCUUGGAGCAUUGGAGGAGAUGGAACUCUGAGCCAAGCUGUCACUCUACCCAAUAUUCUGAAGAUUUAUAACAAAAAUCUAAAAGGGUUUUCAUCUUCUAAGAUUGAUUGGAGUUUGAAUAUGGCGACAACGAUGGCCCCUAUUGAAGAACUGGAGACCCAGGUCAAGAAGCUUAUAAGUGAAAUGACUUCAGGAAAUGGCUUGUACAUCAAUUUCAAGGACGACUGGAAAGUUGUUACUUUGCACAUUGGCAGUUUUGAUCUAUGCCAUGUCUGCCUUGAUAAGGAGCGUUAUGGUCCAUCAGCCAUGAUCAAGCACCUCAUGCGCUCUUUGAAUCUUCUGAAAAGCAAGGUACCAAGAUUGUUCGUCAACUUGGUCUUGCCUGUUGACGUCAGUAAUCUAGACUCUGUGUUUAGUACAAGACCCCAUUGCAAGAUCCUUGGAUGGAAUGCCUGCCCAUGCGUGGCUGAUGGUGACGUAGCCAGUAAGCAUGUUGUAGCCUCAGCAGCUGCUACAUACAAGAAACUGGUACUAGAGCUGAUCAACAGUGGUAUCUAUGAUGUGUCUGACAAGUUUGCCGUAGUUAUUCAGCCAUUCAUGUUCAGGGGGCCUAGAAACAAGGAAGGGGGUCUUGUUGCCGAGUUCUUUGGCCCAGACUGUAUUCAUUUGAAUACUUUGGGACAUGCUUCUGCUGCCACAGCCCUAUGGAAUAAUAUGCUUGAACCCGUUGGUAACAAGUCUGAUGUGUGGCUAACUAAAGUUUCCUUGAAGUGCCCAACACAGGCAAGACCUUACUUUGCUACCAAGACCAACAGCCAUGUUGUCACUGGAAUGUUAACUGAUGAUGAGGAGGACUCCAACCUUGGCAUGCCUACUGGUGCUGCCGUAGCCAUAGCUGUCGUCCUUGGAGCUGUGGUGAUAGGAAUCAUGCUAUUUGUGUGGAAAAGUCGUAAUUCACGGCCACGUAAUGAGGUCAUCAGAUUGAUUCCAACAUCUCAUGCAAGACCAAGGAUAUAGUCGGAACUAGACUCAAAAGAAGAAGACCAAUGUCUAACCCUGCUAGUGAACCAUGUUGCAUAAUGUAGCCAAGUGCCCGGGGGAUUACUCCGAAAUCAAACAGACGGGGAUCAUCGUCUGGAUUUUUUGAAAACAACCCUAAAGAUACUCAAGUUUUUGUGGUCUGGUUAUAUUUUAACCCUAAAAGUACUAAAGUGGGCGUGGUCUGGUUAUAUUUUAACCCUAAAAGAUACUAAAGUGGGUGUGGUUAGGCAUAAAUUUAACCCCUAAAAAUACUUCAAACAAAAUAAAUAAUUUGUAAUAAAAACAUUUAAUUAAAACUGACUCUAGUGAUCUAAAAACACUGAAUGACACCUUUUAACGCUCUUUCAUGAGCUACAAGUUAGACGAGCGAUGGCUUUAAAAGCACCCUAUAAGAUACUGAGGUAAAAAAAAUCUGGGCAUUCUCAUUGUCACCACAGAAAGAUACCCAAGGCUUCAAAUUUACACCCUUAAAGAUACAACGAUGAUCCCCAUCCGAUGGAUAUAGGGAGUACCCCCGGGGCCAAGUGCUGCCUUUCUCUUUUGGUCAACAAAACAAGACUGCCCUUAGCAAUGUUGGAUGGCUGCACAGAAACCACUGAAACAACAACUAGCAUUUAUUCCCUCAAAACAUGAGUACUAUAACCCAAGAGGAGUUCAGUUCAAAACCUAGGGUUCUGUAUUUUUUUGAGAAAUUUUACAGUACUUGGAAUUUCAGCAUUACAGUAUAAGUGGGGUGAAGAAGAGGGAGCAACUACCUAUGUUCCUGUACUGUUUAAUUCAUAGGCCAUUGGCAUUGUAUAUAAAAUAGAAUUCAACUCUACGCCCCUGUUGUGAAAACGAGGUCGGUACCCCCAUUUUUUUUAUCACAUUUUUUGAAAGCCCUUAACUUCAAUAUUGUUUAUGCCAAGUUUUAAAAAAUUCUGGGUUGUAGAACUAUUUCAAGGGAAUUACCUUAACAGAAAAGAUGUAGAUUGCAUGACAUCGACAAAUUAGAAGAUAACCACAGUGGAUGUAAUAGAGUUGUUUUUAUUUGCACUUGAAAUGACUUUUUAAUAGAAAACAAUGAAAUUAUAGUGCAAUAAAGUGUAAUACGCUAAUGUUUAGUCCACAGGUUAAUGAAAAUCGCUCUAAUUAGAUUGUAUAUAUUAUAUGAGCAUGAUAAUUUAUAUCUAUGAAUGUAGUAAGAUUUUGCGAAAUAAAAUACUAGACUCAGAAUUUUAGGAAUAA